AUGGACUGGUUCCACUGCUGGCGCUGCUUCUGCCAAGAGGGUGCCCUGUUCACCAUCACCACCUGCGGCCACAUCCUGUGCGAGGACUGCAGGAGCACAGGUCCCUGCCCAGUCUGUGCCACUGCCUGUAACUACCUGCCCCUGUCCCAGCAGAUGCGCCCAGAGGUGAAGGUUUUCUUCAAGAACUUGGCAGACUUUGCCCUCAAGCACCUUUCCCACAUCACGAAGGUGUGCCAGUUCCAGCUGGUACAGGCGCAGCUGAAGGUGAACGUGCACCAGGACAGAGCUCGGUGGCUGCAGACAGAGCUGGAGAAGGCCAGAGAGGAGCUGGGGGAGAGGAGGAGGGAGGCGGAGUCCUUUCGCCAGGAGAAUGCGGAGCUGCGCCGCAUACAGCUCUCCCUGGGCUGGCAUUGGAGCAGCCGCAGCAGCACCCCUGGUCCCUCUCCCACACAGUCAGUCACUGCACAGCCCCGCCGGCAGCUGAGCAGCCAAGUGGUCAGCCGCUUGUCCUCACUGGAGCCCCCCCAGUCCCGCAGCACCCCAGGAUGGCAGGUUGGCAUAGCCUACAGAGAUUCAGGGACCCCUCUGGCCUCUCGUGUGGUGCCUCCCCUGCGUGGGACAAGCGAGGGGCAGGGCUCUGCUCUGCGGCUGGCGAGGGACGGGCGCUCGCAGUGGGAUCCUAACCCACGGCCAUAA